AAUCUUUCAACUAAAAGUUAGCAAUAGAGAAAGAAGCAAAGUUGAACAACAAGAAGAAGAAGAGGAAGAAAAAGAAGAAGAAGAACCAUUUCCCAUUCUCAUUGCAUGAGAAAAAAACCCCCCACCAAAAUGGAUAACCAAAAUUCAGCUGAAUUCCAUUGCCAUAUUCCUUCUCAACCACUAGAGUCCAAGAAAAUCCAUCGCCCUUAUUAUAACAAUGAAACUGAACAAGAAAGCCCUUCCUAUGAUAAUGAUGGUGAUGAUAACAAGGUUACACAAGGCUCAUCUUCAAAAACCAGUCACUUUGACAAGAAGGAAACUGCAUUGCAAGGCCUGCCUUCGAGUCUAGUAGAUGUUGGCAAAGAACAGAAGAGCUCUAUGGCCAUGGUCAUGCCAGAAGAUAGUGCACGUGAGAGGCUGAAGAGGCAUAGAGUUGAGGUGGCUGGUCAGGUUUGGAUUCCAGAUAUAUGGGGUCAGGAAGAGCUUUUGAAGGAUUGGAUAGAUUGUUCUGCUUUUGAUGCUUCUUUAGUCCCUAAUGGAAUCAUGUCAGCUCGUGCAGCUUUGGCUGAUGAGGGAAGGAGAGCAACUUCUAGCGGGUUAAGAAUAGAAAACAGAUCCAGGAAUUUCAAUUCUGCAAAUCCAAACCCAGGAUGAGGAUUUUGAAAAGUAUGAAGAGUGCAACAUGUUUCUCAAUCGCCAUUCCUUCUUUUAGUAGGUCAUCUUAAAUCUUGAAUAUUUAGCAAAUCGAUCGUAAUUAGCCUGAUUGUUCAAUGCUUAUCUUUCUAUUCCUUUUCUAGUCUCUGGACAUUAAUUU